AUGUAAAUUCCUUAAAGAUCUUAGUUUUUUUUUAAUUAAUUUUAAGUCUAAUGUGAUGUUAUUUUCAGCAGGUGUUACUGUUGAAUGUAUAUUGAAUGUGGGAACUCACAUAUCUUGAUUAUAAUCUUGGUGUUUAGUCUCUUUUGAUGAUCAAAUUCUAUGGUUUCUGCAAAUUCUUUGAGUUCUUGAAGAAAAAGAUUCAAGAGCGGAAUUCUGCAGAACGGUUUAUGUUAUGGGUUGGCUAACCAAAAUCCUAAAAGGGUUGAGCUCGGGUGAUAAAUAUUCAAGAAAACAUCAUAGGAGAUAUGAAGAUGAAGAAAUCUGGGAGUGUCCUCCGACUACAGUGGACACUUUAUCAGACUUUGAUAGUGAAGAAAUUGAUAGAGCUAUUGCACUUUCCCUUUUAGAAGAAGACGCAAAAAGCACCGUUUCUGUGGUAGAAGAUGAUGACGACACCAAAAGUACUAAUUUUGAUGUAGAAGAUGAAGACAAUGAUGAUGCACAUGAUCAUGACCAUGAUGAUGAUAACAAUGAUCAUCAUCAUGACCAUGAUGAUGAUGACGAUGAUCAUCAUCAUGACCAUGAUGAUGAUGAUGAGGAAGAGGAAGACCGUUCAUUUUCAUCUGAAGAAGAAAAUUAUCAGGCACAAGCAGUUUCCUCUCCAGAAGAUAAUGAAACAGGAUCAAACUCUCUAUCCGAAGAAGAAGAAGAAGAAGAAGAAGAUGAUAAAGGAAAAAAAGUAAUUGAUCAUGACGCUAAUACAGAGGAAGAUGAACAGCUAGCCAAAGCUCUUCAAGAAAGUUUACAUGUAGACUCACCACCACGAAACAACUAUGGAAAUGUAAUUCCGCCUCUGCCAUCCUUUUAUUCCGGUGGAUACAGGAUAUGUGUUGGCUGCAAUGCAGAAAUUGGGCAUGGGAGAUUUCUAAACUGCAUGGGAGGACUUUGGCAUCCAGAAUGUUUCCGUUGUCAUGCUUGCAAUUCGCCAAUAUCUGACUAUGAGUUCUCGAUGUCUGAAAACCGCCCGUUCCACAAAGCAUGCUAUAAGGAACACCAUCACCCAAAAUGUGAUGUUUGCAAGAGCUUUAUUCCAGCAAAUGCACGUGGUUUGAUCGAGUACAGGGCACAUCCUUUUUGGAUACAGAAAUACUGUCCGUCACACGAGCAUGACAGGACACCUCGUUGUUGCAGUUGUGAACGGAUGGAGGCACGAGACACAAAAUACUUGUUACUGGAUGAUGGUCGGAAACUAUGCCUAGAAUGCCUCGACUCUGCAAUAAUGGAUACUCAUGAAUGCCAACCACUGUACCUUGAAAUUCAAGACUUUUAUGAAGGAUUAAAUAUGAAAAUUGAGCAACAAGUACCAUUAUUGUUGGUUGAGAGACAAGCUUUAAAUGAGGCCAUGGAAGGUGAAAAAAAUGGUCAAGGUCAUCAUCACUUGCCUGAAACUAGAGGACUUUGUCUAUCAGAAGAACAAACAAUUAGCACUAUUACAAGGAGACCGAAGGUUGGGGCAGGGAGGCUAAUGGAUAUGUUUACUGAACCUUACAAGUUAGUUCGUCGAUGUGAAGUGACAGCUAUUCUGAUAUUGUAUAGUCUCCCUCGGUUAUUAACUGGUUCGAUACUUGCUCAUGAAAUGAUGCAUGCAUGGCUACGACUUAAAGGAUACUCUAAUCUUCCCCCUAAUGUUGAAGAAGGGAUAUGUCAAGUUUUGGCUCACAUGUGGUUAGAUUCGGAGAUCAUGGCCGGUUCUGGAAAUACAAAUGUUGCUUCAUCAUCUUCCUCAUCCACACCUGCUCCUGAGUCGUCAAAAAAGGGCAAAAGGUCAGAUUUUGAGAAGCAACUUGGUGAGUUUUUCAAGUACCAGAUCGAAUCCGAUACGUCUGCAGCAUAUGGAGAUGGAUUCAGAGAAGGUAACAAAUCAGUCCUAAAAUAUGGCCUGAGGAGCACUCUUGACCAUAUUCGACUUACAGGAAGAUUUCCUUUAUAAUCUGAAGUUCAAAGAAAUGUUCACACUGAAACUAUGUGUCAACCCGAUUUAGACAGAAUUACAGAAUUGUUCAUAAAUUUUUAUGUGUAUAGGGGGGGAAAGAAUACAUACAGAUUACAGAAAAACAUAUGUUUUGUCAUCUUCUCAAGACCUCACUUUUGUUGUUUUACAUACCAACAUAUUGUAGACUACUUCUGUGAUGUAAAGUGACUGCUUAAUACAUACUAGCAGAAAGAGGAACUACAAGAAAAUGCUAUACAUUACUCUUUUUUCUGUUGAUGGA